GACACCUCUCACAGAGACAGGGCAGCAAAGGAUUCUGGGGGAUCUGGACUGUCGCUGAAACGGAUAAAAACACACAGAAAACGAUUAUCGUAACAAAAACACACGCUUUCAAAUAAGGAACCCUCCUGGAAAACAGCUCAUCAACCUGUGAGCAGAAGAACAAAAGUCAUCCGUCGUCGCUCACAGACCAUAAUAUUACACCAUUUCAUCCUCCUCAUCCGCCGUCGUCAUGGCUUCCACGGGUCUGCAGCUGCUGGGCAUGCUAUUGGCUGUGCUGGGCUGGGUGGGCGGAGCCCUGGUGUGUGCCGCGCCGCAGUGGCGUGUCUCGGCCUUCGUGGGCGGGGAGAUCAUCGUCUCCCAGGUGCUGUGGGAGGGCUUGUGGAUGACCUGUCUGUCCCAGAGCACGGGCCAGAUCCAGUGUAAGAGUUACGACUCCACCCUGGCCCUCCCCCUGCCUGCCCAGGCCGCCCGAGGCCUCACCGUGCUCUCCCUGCUCCUCUGCCUCCUGGCCCUCAUCCUGGGCGUGGCGGGGGCCAAGGCCACCCACUGCCUGGGCCACGCGCCUCACAUCCAGGCCUCCAAGGCUCGGCUGGGUUGGGCGUCCGGGGCUCUGUUCGUCCUGGCCGGCCUGGUGUACCUGGUCCCGGUGUGCUGGACGGCGUACUCGGUGGUGAGGGACUUCUACGACCCGGGCGUGGCGGCGACGCUGAAGAGGGAGCUUGGCCCCGCCCUCUACCUGGGCUGGGGGGCCGGGGUGCUGCUCCUGGUGGGGGGGGCGCUGCUCAGUGCCGGCUCCGCCCCCCCGCCCGCCCUCGGUGGGGGGAGGAGCCCGAAGGGGGCGGCGGUGGAGGUGAAGCAGCCGGAGAAGUCCUUUGUUUGAGAGGUUAGAGAGGAGAGAUACAGAGGAGAGAUAG